AGCAAAUGGCAUUUCUUCGUUGACUUAUUUUUCACAAAUUCGUUGGAAGAUAUAAGUUCUUAAAUUCUGCGUUUACCCCUUAUCUUGAGACACGCUAAUAUAAAUAAGACUGAUUUAUAUUAUUGUCUAUUGCAUGGAUAGAAUUUGUAUAGUUGAACGCCAACGGCUGUUCUGAUGAGAUGUCUUUGUUUUAUACUAUGAUGCAGUUGAAAAUUUGAUAAAUAAGUGUGUGUGUGUGUUCAACAUCGAAAUGUUGGUCCACGAAGUGUCGCCGGGUCAACAGGCCUGGACAAUUUCAAGCGUACUCCUUUUCAACGUAGCCUGUGGUAUGAUGGUGGAUGAAUCAUUUCAAGCUACCAACUCAGAAACAUGGCAAAAAGAACCGCCAGCUUUAUUUUACGACUGUACAGCCCAGUACGUUUACUUUCUCGGUUUGCUAUGUUCAGCUCUUUUAAUGAACCGGUGUGGGAGACGAACAGCGUAUCUUGCUGCCUCAUUAUCUGCUGUUCUUUCCUGGAUGGCCAUAUGUCUCGCCUAUAACGAAGCGACAUUUGCCGUUGGCCAAACUUGCGGGGACUUCGCCAAAGGCGCUGGUAUCAUUUUGGGAGCUAUGAUCAUUGGGGAAUACACUGACACAAGUUACAGGGGUGUAUUCUUAACUUUAGCCUCGGCAUGUUUGGCCUUUGGCAAAAUGACAGCGUGUAUCACUACAGAUUUGAGGAUGGUCGCAAUGUUUGCUUUGAUCCCAAGUGUCUUGUCUUUUGUCAUCGCUUGUUCAUGGCCUGAGAGUCCACCCUGGCUGCUAUUGAAGAAGAAGGACGAAGAAAGUGAAGAUUCCUUUAUCAUAUUCAAGGGAACGCAAUGGACCCAGCAGGAACUGUUUCAGAUCCAAUACACGAAUAUAGCAAGACUGCAAACAACGGACGUGCUUAGAAACGUAUACAAGAGUUUGAAGAAUAUCUUCAGACCCCUUGUUGUCAUAAUGUAUGCUGAUAUUUUGAUGGAAGCCUCUGGAAAACAUUUGUUUGAGUUUUACGGCUCGCACAUAUUUGAUAUGAUAUUGGGAGAAUCUUUAUUCAACUAUAAUUUAUUCAUUAACAUUAUAGUAGCCAACGGUAUUGUGAUUUCAACGCUUCUUAUAAUAGCAUUGAACAGAAAAACGGUUGUGUUUCUAUCUGGUGUCAUGGGGAUACUAGUAUUAUUUUUGCUCAGUGUUGUAUUGUUUUUAACUUGUAAUAAUUCAAUGAUGGCGGAUCCUUGGGUAAUAAUAUCGAUUAUUGCAAUGUUCAUAGUUUUGACCAACCUGGGAUGCACCACAAUCUGUUUGACGUGGUGUGGAGAACUGUUUCCGAUAGAGACGAAAAGUUAUGGGUUAUUUUUAUCCGGCGUAAUGCUGUAUGUGAAUAAAAGAAUUUGUUCGAACAUGAUGCCAUAUCUCCUGACUGAUUUCAAGCUAUUAUGUGCGGUUGGAUUAACUUCGCUUACACUAUCUCUUUUGAUUUUGUAUUUCAUAGCACCAGAGACGAAAGACAGAAGCUUGUCCGAAAUAGAAUAUUAUUUUGAAAAUGGUGAUUUUGAAGACUACGAAGAAGCAGAUAAAAAUGUGACUUCCAAUAUCUAAUAACUCUUAUAUCCAUGCAAAACUAUCAUAAAAAUAACAAUAAAAUUAUAAUAAGUACGAAAAUAUUUCGUUGCUUCAAAUGCACACGCUAAAAGUUAAAAAUUCUAAAAUGCGAAAUUAAUGUAGGGCGAACACGAAUGUUUCAGAGAACGUAAAAUUGCAUUAUACAUUUUUAUGGAAAAUGAACAUUAAUUUUUACGUAUGAGAGACGAUGUUCAUUUCCCAUCAAUUUAUUUUCGUUCUCGCAAACAUUAACGGUAGCGCCUAUUUGGGAAAUACUUUAUCUUUCGCGAUGAGUUUAGAAAUCGUGACAGUACUUGCAGCUUGAAUAACAUGAAAACGAUAACUGUGUGUAGUUUUUAUGUUAGAAACAUAAAAUUAUAUGCAUAAAAAUUAUUAUGAAUUGUACCUACAGAUUAACUAAUUUUAUAAGAAAAGUGGGUAAAAUUGAUAAAUUGUGAUUAAAGUUAUAAUAAAAUUGUGAUUUUUAAUCAAGUGAAAA